AUGGGUCUCCUGACCUCCCUCCCGAAGCUACCCCUCGUCGGGUCCAUCCUCCUCGUCCUCUGUUCGCUCUUCACGCAGGCGACAGCCUACACCGAGCUCGGCGACGACGCCCUGCGCGCGAUCCCGUCGGGAGGCGACGCCUUCGACAUCCAGACCGGCUCGCUGCUGGCGCCGAUCCUCAUCCCUCGCGUCCCGGGCACCCCCGGCUCGGCCAAGGUGCAGCAGCACUUUGUCGACUUCUUCCGCGCCAACCUGCCGCAAUGGACGAUCGAAUGGCACAACUCGACCUCCAAGACGCCCGCGACGGGAGAUAAGGACAUACCCUUCACCAACAUCAUCUUCCGCCGCGACCCGCCGUGGGCCAAAGACGGUGAGGUUGAGCGCCUGACGCUUGUGGCGCACUACGACAGUCUCGUCCACCCUGAUGGCUUCAUCGGGGCGAUUGACAGCGCGGCGCCGUGCGCGAUGCUGCUCCAUGCGGCACGGAGCAUCGAGGAUGCGCUGGUGAAGAAGUGGGAGGCUAUGGAGGCUUCCGGCGAUGCUGGAAGCGGGCUCGAGGAGGAGAAGGGAAUUCAGAUCAUCUUGCUGGAUGGAGAGGAGGCAUGGGUAUCUUGGACCGACGAGGACUCGCUCUACGGAGCCAGGGCUCUGGCUGCAAGCUGGGAAGAGGAGAUUCACCCGAACUCCAUUUACAAGACCGGACUUUCGUCCAUCAGCCUAUUUCUCCUUAUCGAUCUCCUGGGCGCUCCGAAUCCCCAAAUUCCCUCAUAUUUCCAGAACACUCACUGGGCGUACAAGAAAAUGGCCAAGAUCGAGCACCGCAUGCGCGAGCUCGGUGUUCUUGAGACCAAGCCGAGGCGCUCAUUCCUCGUAGACAAGAACAAGAAGAGCGGGGGUUUCACUCAAGGCUAUGUUCUAGACGACCAUGUACCGUUCAUGCAGCGCGGCAUAGAGAUUCUGCACAUCAUCCCCACUCCGUUUCCUGAUGUUUGGCAUAAGAUCACGGACGACGGGGAGCACCUGGACCUACCAACGGUUCGGGACUGGGCUCGCAUCAUCACGGUGUUUGCAGCGGAGUGGAUGGAAGUGGAUGAAUUCUUACCCAAGAAGACGGAAGCCGAGAUGCCGCAUGACGAGCUUUGA